AUGAGGAUGUCCUUCCCGGAAGGAUUGACUAGUCCUGAGAUGGAAAUUGCAGAGGGAGGAGUGAUUCUGGAUAAUAGAACACGAUUUGCAGACCUCAGAGCAAUGCUGGAUAACAGUAAAGAUAGUUUGAAAGUUGAUGCUAUGAAGAGAAUUAUCAAUCUUAUUGCUAAAGGAAAGGAUGUAAGUGAACUAUUCCCUGCUGUAGUCAAGAAUGUAGCUGCAAAGAACGUAGAGCUUAAAAAGUUGGUAUAUGUUUACUUGGUUCGAUAUGCAGAAGAACAGCAGGAUCUGGCUCUUCUAUCCAUAUCAACAUUUCAGAAAGCUCUGAAGGAUCAUAAUCAGUUGAUUCGGGCCAGUGCAUUACGUGUUCUGUCUUCAAUCAGAGUAGGCAUGAUUUCACCUAUCAUGUUGUUGGCCAUCAAAGACUGCGUGCGUGAUAUGAGUCCUUACGUUCGAAAGGUUGCCGCGCAUGCUAUUCCAAAGUUAUACUCCCUGGAUCCUGAUCUCGAAGAUGAAUUAAUUGAUUGUAUUGAUUUUUUACUUGCCGAUCGCAGAAGCUUAGUAUUAGGAAGCGCUGUUUAUGCUUUCGAAGAGAUAUGUCCUUUAAGAUUAGAUUUAAUUCAUAAACAUUAUCGGGCUUUGUGCAGGGUUUUGCCUGAUGUCGACGAAUGGGGACAGGUUAUAAUGAUUGGAUUGCUCACUAGAUAUGCUCGUUCUCAAUUAGCUGAUCCUGAUAAAACGGAAACCACUGAUCCGGACAUCACUCUUCUUCUCAGUUCUGCUCGUCCAUUAUUGCAGUCGAGAAAUUGUAGCGUAGUUAUGGCAGUCACUCAACUGUUUUAUCACGUUGCACCGAAAUCUCAAAUUUCUCAGGUUGCUCGUGCUCUUGUUCGUCUUCUGCGAGGUCCUCGUGAGAUCCAAUACGUAGUACUUCUGAAUAUGGCAACAAUCUGUGAAAGGAACCCGGUACAACCUGGCACUUUCGCCAUAUCAAAAAGUUUGUUUGAUCCGUUCCUCAAAUCGUUCUUCGUACGUUCAUCGGACCCCUCUUUCGUUCGUGAACUCAAACUUCAUGUUCUCACGAGCUUGGUUUCUGAGUCAAACGUUCACGUCAUUCUCAGAGAGCUACAGACGUAUGUAACAGUAAGUGAUCUUGCUGGCCCUGCCGUUGAGGCUAUUGGCCGCUGUGCAGUUCAAGUUGGGGCUGUAAGCGAGCAGUGCAUGUCAGGAUUGGUACAGCUUAUUGCAUCUCCCAACGAAAACGUCGUGUGUUGUGCAGUUGUAGUUUUGAAAAGAUUAUUACAUGCUGAUGCUCCCCUCCCUCUACUUACUCGCCUUGUCCGAUUGAUUAAUACUAUUCAAGCUCCAGCCGCCAGGGCUUGUGUAGUAUGGUUAGUAGCUACACACGUGGAAAAGCUGGGACACAUGGCUCCAGAUCUUCUCCGAAUUUUAGCUAAGAACUAUUCAAAUGAGCACGAAGUUGUCAAGCUAGAAGCUCUGAAGUUGGCCGUGAAACUUUGGAUGGUGAAUAGAGAAGAGUGUGAAAAGUUGGUUCAGUAUGUACUUCAACUUGCUCGCUUUGAUCUGAGUUAUGACGUUCGUGACAGGUGUCGUUUCCUGAGAAAUCUAUUGUUCAACACUACUGUCUUAUCCGAACAUGCGGAAGAAAUGUUUAUGUACAAGAAACCUGCACCUGCUCCUCAGAGUAGUUUCAAGGAGAGGGAUCAGUUCCAACUUGGCUCGUUAUCUCAUGUGCUCAAUCAGAAAUGUAUAAAGUAUAAGGACUUGGCACCUUUCUCUGAAGUAUCAUCAGAUCCAGCUUUACGACGAGAUCCUAAUGCUCCUGAAGAAGCUAUGAAUUGGGGUGAAGAGGACGAUGACGAAGAAGAUGACGACGAGGAUGAAGAAGAAGAUGAAGACGAAGAUGAGGAAGAAGACGAAGAUGAAGAAGAAAGUGAAGAAGAAGACGAUGACGACGAAGAGGAAGAAGAGGAUGAUGAUGAUAACGAAAACGACCAGGAGGAUGAGGAUGAGGAAGAAGAAGAUAGUGGGGACGAUGCAGAAAGUGCAGUUUCAGAAGAGAAGGAGUCUCCCAAAGGGACAAAGAAAAAAACGGCUUCACCCAAAGUAGAGAAUCUAUUGGACUUCUCUGAGCCGGCAAACUAA